CCACUCAAUUCAUCAAUGGCUUCUCACGAAGAAACAUCCGCCUUGGAACUCAUCAGGCAGCACCUCCUCGCUGAUUUUGCUUCCACGGAACCCCAGAAAUCGUCGUCUUCUCUGAGCCAACGCCGUCCUUCUAUCAACGUCACCAUCCCACCACCACCACCCAAACAGGUUAACGUCACGGCGGCGGCGGAUGCAGACGAGAAAAGGCGUUACAGGGGCGUGAGGAGGCGGCCGUGGGGCAAGUUCGCCGCCGAAAUCAGAGACCCCAACAGGAGAGGUUCCAGGGUCUGGCUCGGAACAUUCGACACCGCCAUUGAGGCCGCCAGAGCUUAUGAUGGAGCUGCCUUUAAGCUACGUGGAUGCAAAGCUAUAUUGAACUUCCCUCUCGAGGCAGGGAAAUCGAGCUCGGCCGAUGACUCGUUUUCAAAGAAAAGAGAAAGGGAGGAGGAGGAGGAAGAACCAGAGAAGAGCGUGGAGUGUAAAGUAGUGAAAACGGAGGAGUCGGAAAGUGUGACGGCGUCGGGGGUGUGUUUAACUCCGUCAAAUUGGAAGGGGUUUUGGGAUAGUGAAGAUAUGGAGGGGAUAUUCAGCAUCCCUCCGUUAUCACCUUUAUCUCCGUUAUUUAGACGUUUACUAAAUCAGGAACGGUUUGCUGACGACGCCGGUUGAAUUAUAAUCCACCGU